CAACACACACACACCACACACACACACACUACACACACACACACACACACCACACACACACACACCACACACACACAACACACACACACAACACACAACACACACAACACACACACACAACACACACACACACAACACACACACACACCACACACACCACACACACACAACACACACACACCACACACAACACACACACACAACACACACACACAACACACAUCACACACACCACACACACACACAACACACACCACACACACACCACACACACACAACACACACAACACACAACACACACACACAACACACACACACACACCACACAACACACACACACAACACACACACACACACAACACACACACAACACACACACAACACACACACACACACACCACACACACACACACCGCACACACCACACACACACACACAACACACACACCACACACACACACACACACACACCACACACACACCACACACACCACACACACACACACACACCACACACACACACACACCACACACACACAACCACACACACACACACCACACACACACACACACACACACUUCUCGCCUCCCCCACAAACGUCCACCGCCCCAGCCAUGGGCUCCCGCGAUCACCUGUUCAAGGUCCUGGUGGUGGGGGACGCCACCGUGGGCAAGACGUCGCUGGUGCAGCGCUACUCGCAGGACAGCUUCAGCAGGCACUACAAGGCCACCGUGGGAGUGGAUUUUGCACUGAAGGUUCUCCAGUGGUCUGACUCAGAGAUGGUGCGGCUCCAACUGUGGGAUAUUGCAGGACAGGAGCGUUUCACCUCUAUGACACGACUAUACUAUCGAGAUGCCUCUGCCUGUGUCAUUAUGUUUGAUGUCACCAAUGCCACUACCUUUAGCAACAGCCAGAGAUGGAAGCAGGACCUGGACAGUAAGCUCACGCUGCCUAAUGGAGAACCUGUGCCCUGCCUGCUUUUGGCCAACAAGUGUGACCUCUCCCCUUGGGCAGUGAGCCGAGAACAGGUUGACCGAUUCAGUAAAGAGAAUGGCUUCACAGGCUGGACUGAAACAUCAGUCAAGGAGAACAAAAACAUUAAUGAGGCCAUGAGAGUCCUCAUUGAAAAGAUGAUGAAUAAUUCCAAAGAAGAUGCUUUAUCUUUGUCCACCCAAGGGAGCUACAUCAACCUGGAAGCCAAGCGCUCCACUGGAUGGACCUGCUGUUGAGUGUUUGGUUUCUUUUACCUCCUGGUUCUAGGUUCCAUCUCUUUUCUUUGGCAGCCCUCCCCCUGCCAUUUUACUAAGCACACUAGGGACAGUUUCCUAGCAUUUAGAAGAGACACAUGGGGCCACAUGCAUUUUUGCACCUCCUAGAGGUCGGUUCUCACUUGCUGCUGCUUCACUGAUCCAGCCAGUGCCUUCUGGAUGAGAAAGGUCAUCUCCUCCCUCUAUUGGUUGUCUGGGAUUUUCUGGGAAGAAUUGGAAGACAGCAUCUAUGUUUUAAGGAUCCUCAAUCUCACCUGCUUUUGAACUUACUUUUGCAUAUCAUGUAUGUUGGUAGUAUAAUCUGAUGUGACUUCAGGUUGUAAGGAAAGUGAGAUGAAAGGUCAUUUCCCAAAUUGUAGAUGUCAUUCCUUUCUGUCUUCUCGGACUUCAAAUUAAAAACUUCAGCUUCUCAGGUGCAGAACGACAGGGGAUUGGAUGUCUAUAAGUUUUGGACUAUUGGAAGAAAUUCUCAAGUCACAAACUUUAUUUUUUUUAAUUUAUUAUUAUAUUUUUUUGGUCUUGGUUUCAAGAAUUGUCAAGGCAUUAAUCUUGUAUAUUGAAAGUAUUUCUUCCAAGAGAUUAAUUCUCACAUUAGGAUUAUUUUUAAAGUGGUUCCCUACCAUUGGGGUGCAGAGUGGGAAGAUUUUCAGAUUCCUGGGUUUAUGUUUUACUGCAAGUGACAUCAGUUUGUGGGGUAUCAGGAAUCUGAAUGGGAGAGGUUAACAGAGCAAACUCCUAUGGGCAGCUUGCUAAUGAGCACUUUGGGGACCUUACAUACUUAACCACAGCCAUAAGAAAUAGAUAUUAUUAUGUCGUCCAGGAGGUGGCGCAGUGGAUAAAGCAUUGGACUCUCAAGCAUGAGGUCCUGAGUUCAAUCCCCGGUAGCACAUGUACCUGUAUGAUGCCUGGUUCUUUCUCUCUCCUCCUAUGUUUAUAAUCAAUAAAUAAAUAAAAUCUUUAAAUAAAAAAAGAAAGAGAUAUUGUGUACAGACCAUGACCUAGGGGUGGGAGGUGGCACAGUGAGUAAGGAAUUAGACUCACAAGCAGGAGGUCACAGGUUUAAACCAUGGCAUUGCAUGUGCCAAAGAUUUCUGGUCCUUUCUCCUUUUUUUUAUUAAUAAAAUAUUUUAAUAAAUUUUAAAUAAAACAUUUUAAGAUUUCUGA